GACUUCCGGUUGCCGGAAGUCGCUCCUCUCCCUUCCUUCGUUUUCCCUCUUUACGAUUGGUUCCCGGCACUCAGGCCCCGCCUCCUUUGCCACGCCCCUCACGGUUGCUUUUCCCGCCUCCGCCAGGGUAGAACUGCGGUCCUGGUGACAGUUGAGGAUGGCUGGGGCCGAGGGCCAUGCUGGCCGGCAGUCGGAGCUGGAGCCCGUGGUGUCGUUGGUCGACGUACUUGAGGAGGAUGAAGAGUUGGAGAAUGAGGCGUGCGCAGUCCUGGGCGGCAGCGACUCGGAGAAGUGCUCCUACUCGCAGGGCACAGUAAAAAGACAAGCGCUGUAUGCCUGUAGUACCUGCACUCCAGAGGGAGAAGAACCAGCAGGAAUUUGUCUGGCCUGCAGUUAUGAAUGUCAUGGAAGCCAUAAAUUAUUUGAGCUGUAUACGAAAAGAAAUUUUCAUUGUGACUGUGGAAACAGCAAGUUUAAAAAUUUGGAAUGCAAAUUAUUUCCUGACAAAGCAAAGGUAAACUCUGGUAAUAAGUAUAAUGACAACUUUUUUGGAUUGUACUGCAUUUGCAAGAGACCUUAUCCUGAUCCUGAAGAUGAGAUUCCAGAUGAGAUGAUCCAGUGUGUAGUCUGUGAAGACUGGUUCCAUGGAAGACAUCUUGGUGCCAUUCCCCCUGAGAGUGGGGACUUCCAAGAAAUGGUGUGCCAGGCCUGUAUGAAACGUUGUUCUUUUUUGUGGGCUUAUGCUGCAAAAUUGGCAGUGACCAAAGUAUCUGCUGAUGAUGAUGGAUUAGUGCUGAAUGUUGAUGGAAUAGAUGAUCAGGAAGUUACCCAGACUGAAAAUGGAGAACAAGAUAAUACCCUCGAAGAGGAUAUUCCAGAGCACGGGACGGAUACUGACAAGGAAGUAAAAGCAGAGCAGAAUAAUGAACCAUGUACCAGCUCUAGUUCUGAAUCUGAUCUCCAGACAGCAUUUAAGAAUCAAAGCUUCAACACGGAAUCACAAUCUGGCUGCAGACUUAAGGAGCUCAAAGCUAAGCAUUUUGUGAAGAAAGACACAGCUACCUAUUGGCCCUUGAACUGGCGUAGCAAGUUAUGCACCUGCCAAGACUGUAUGAAAAUGUAUGGCGAUCUGGAUGUCCUGUUCCUGACAGAUGAGUAUGACACAGUUCUGGCUUAUGAGAACAAAGGCAAGACUGACCAGGCGACUGAGAGGAGGGACCCUUUAAUGGACACCCUUAACAGCAUGAACAGAGUCCAGCAAGUGGAGCUCAUUUGUGAAUACAAUGACUUGAAGACUGAACUUAAAGACUAUCUGAAGAGAUUUGCUGAUGAAGGCACGGUUGUUAAGAGAGAGGACAUUCAGCAGUUCUUUGAAGAAUUUCAGUCAAAAAAGAGAAGAAGAAUGGAUGGGAUGCAGUAUUACUGCAGCUAGAGUGAAGUUCAGAGCUCCCUCAUUGAGACCAGUGAAAAUGCCACUUACUGUUCCAGGAAUAAAAGGGGCAUUUGUCACACUUGGUCCCCUUACCGUCCUCUGCGAGAGCCUCCUCCUGUCCCAGCCUCCCUCCUUCUCCCUCACUACAGUCGCCACCGUGCUUAUGCUGAUUUCACAGCCAGCGUCCUCUUUAACUCAGCUAAAUGCAGCUCAUUCCACAGACUUUAGCUCUCCAGCCCCAGGACACCCAGGGUUUUCUGCUUAUAAGUUUCAAGAAGUUUGAUUUAGUUUUGAGAAAGAAAAUUGGUUUCUUUUGAAAGGAUUUGUUCUUUAACUUCCGAAUGUUUGUCUUUCGCCGCAGAGCUGUUGCCUUCCAGGGCCUCUGUAGGCGUUGCAGAAGGCUCACUUCCGUCAGCCUGAGCCUCUUUCUGUCCCCACCCCGUGAUCGUGGUGCCUUGGGUCACAGCUUCCUCAGCCAGACCUGCCCUUCUCCUGCCUCCCUGCUGUCUGAGGUUUGGUCAUGGCUUACAGGGGUCUGGGAAGUUGGAAUAUCGAAGACUGAUUGAUUGGUUUAUGACCUAGAGGUCUGUUGCAGGCAGGGAGAUUGAUGAUGGGGUUGAGGAAGCAAAUCUUCGUUACGAGUUUUACUAGUAAAGUGAAAUUUCCAUUCACAAUUCUACUGGCACACAAAUAUUAGAAUUUUAGUACUGUAGUGCUCACAGGGCUUCCUGGGAAAAGUCUGCCAGUACACUAGCCCCUUUUUGCUGCCUACAAAAUGACCGGGUAUCACCCCUGUGAAAUUCUGGUGGUUUACAAAGUCCUUUGGAUUUCCUUAUAUUGUCAGGGAUAUUCAUAAGCAUAUAUUUAAAAUGGACCUAUUUUGAUACUGUUCUGUUAUGAAAGUAUUGUUAGUAUCCCAAUAAGUUAUUGUCUUUCCCCUUGAAUCUGCUGCAAACACACAGUUCCCGACUUAGCUACUUGUAGUGAGCAGGGGCAGUGACUUCCCUGCUUUGGAAGAGACAGACUUCGUGGGAAAUUCCAAACAAGGUCCCGGGCUGCACGAAUGACGACUUUGUGUACAUAAAUAUAAUGUCCAUAGCCACUUCUCGAUGACUGAGAUCUUCCGAAGAUCCUCAUGGAAUGUUGUAUAAAACCCUGUUUUUGAGGGGAAGUCCAUUCAGUUGGUAGGAAAUCUCUGUAAAGCCCUUCAGUCUGCCUAGAAAACACCCUUUGGUAAAUAUAGAGCCCUCCUUUCCUUCUGAUGGAACCCAGACUUUCCUGACAACAGAUGACACACUCUGAGGCAUCUUAGCAAAAGCAUUUUGGGUUUGGGGGCCACACGUUUCUAUUUAUAUUCCUUUAGUGCCCGGCAGCAGUGGUGUGCACAAGUGCCCACUACUCUCUAGACAAGAUGAAUGAGAAGUCAAGGCCUCCGAGAAAUGGUCCAGGUCCUGCUUGUUGGUAUUGGCCUCCUAAUUAUGGGUGCUCCUGAAGACCGAUGUGUGGGGCCAGAAGGUCUUCCGGUUGUGGGAGAUGCUUGUGUGCCCCGAGCCAGCCUUGCAGAGAGGGCUCGGUUAAAAAGCUCAGGGUAUCUGCAGACAAGUCUUCCGGAGGUCUGAGGAUGUACCGAACCCCUCCCGCACAGUCGUGCUCUUGUGUAGCAUCCCUUCUGAGUUUGUAUCUUCCCUGAUGUCUGACUUAACUCAAAGUUCCUCACUUCCUGGACAGUUCAGGACCAGAUCUCUGGGGCAGCACAGCACUGUGCGGCACAAUUGUACAACUCACCCCGUGCUGAAGGGCUUGUUUCCGAAAGUACUGCUCCUUUUACAUUAACCAGAAAACCUCUUUUUUUACCUGUUGUUCACAACUAGUUUUCUUAUUGACUAUGUAUAGGACCGUCUCUUCUUGCAGAGACUGAUUUGGCCAACAUGUGGCAGUUGAUAAUGCAUGUUUUAUGCAAAAUUAAGGUAUGGUAUUAGUUGCUUUUAAGAAAUUCUGGCAUUGUAUGUGCAUUUUUGUAGAAAUUGUUACUGGACUUAUACUUACAUACCUAACUCUAAUCAGGUUUCUGUAAAAUUUAAAUAAAAUCAAUUUAAUGCA